UGCCCUUCCCGGCUCAUGCCGAGUGGUUCCGGUGGCUGCGCGAGGGAUGAUGGGAGUUGUAGGCGCCGCCUCGGGCUCGCUGUAGCCCCACCGGCCGGGCGACGCUUUCCCCAUGAGUGGGCUGCGGCGCGGGCCGCGGGCCCGGGACCUCUCCCAGGGGGAGCCGGGCAAGAAGCGGGACAAACGGGAAGUGCGCGGGGAGUUCUCGGCGGCCAUCAGGGAGCCGGCGCUGAAGGAGAAGGCGGGGGCCGCCUGGGGCUGCAGGGAGCCGCUCAACCACGGUACCGAGACCCGGGGAGCCGCGCCGGGCCACUCUCUCCUGCCCGGGGCGGGAGCCGCGACCCUAGCUCCAGGGCCGAGCGGGGGGCUGCGCUUUGUCCUGCUGCGCGGAGCGUCCCGGGCUUCACCGUGUCUUAUUUACCGUCCUCAGAGGCCAUCGCGGUGGAUCCUGUUCCCUUCUGUCACUGCGUGAUCCCCAACUUCCUCCAGUGCCCGGGCUUCCUGGACGGGCUGCAGACGGAGCUCCUGGACCUGGAUUUCCACGAGAAGUGCAACGAUUUGUACAAGUUCAAACAGUCUGAUGAUCUGAAGAAGAGAAAAGAGCCUCACAUCUCAGCAUUAAGGAAAGUUCUGUUUGAAGAGUUCCGGGAGUGGCUGUCUGCAGUUACCCAGGUGGAGCUGGAACCAACCAUUGACCUGUCCUGUGCUAAGUAUGAGUAUACAGACACCCUGCUAUGCCAUGACGAUGAGCUGGAGGGACGGAGAAUUGCCUUCAUCCUGUACCUGGUUCCGCCGUGGGAGAAGAGCGAUGGGGGCACUCUGGACCUGUACAGCACAGAUGGCCACUUUCAGCCGCAGCAGGUCGUCAAGUCAUUAGUCCCUUCAUGGAAUUCCCUGGCCUUCUUCGAAGUAUCUCCCGUCUCUUUCCACCAGGUGUCUGAAGUUCUGACCGAAGGGAAGUGCCGGUUGUCUGUGAGUGGUUGGUUUCAUGGCCCGCCAGUGGCCAGGCCUCUCCGCUACAUUGAAUCCCUCUUGCCCCGGAGUCCACAUAUCCCAUACGAUCAUGAAAUCUUGUACGAGUGGAUCAACCCAGUUUACUUGGACAUGGAUUCCCAAGCCCAGAUCCAGGAGGAAUUUGAGGAGCGAUCAGAGCUUCUCCUGAAGAACUUCCUUAAGGGAGAGAAAUUUCAGCUUGUGUGUGAAGCUCUGCAAAAAGACGACAUCACGUGGAGCAGCCGAGGGCCACCCAAUAAAAGAUGUUACGAGAAGGCUGAGGAGGGGAGCCUUCCGGACGUCCUAAGGAAGUGCCUGGAGUUCUUCCGCUCCGAGGCCUUGUUCUUGCUGCUCUCCAACUUCACAGGCCUAAAGCUGCACUUCCUGGCUUCCUCUGAUGAGGAUGAGGAGGGAGAAGAAGAAAAGGCUGCAGAUUGCACUGGACACAGCUCUUCCAAACCCAAGCAAGGAGAAACCAGUCAAAAGGCCAACGGCGAUGCUGACCAAGUAGAUCAGCCUGAAAAUGACCCCCAAACCAAAGAAAGUGAUACAAAGAACAGCUCAAGUGUCCCCAUGUGCUUGGGGGAGCUGAGGCACUGGACAAACGGCCACUACACUCUAGUCCAUGACACCCAAAUGACAGAGUUUGCCCUGGACCUGCUGUUCUUCUGUGGCUGUGAAGAUUGGGAUGCAGAGUAUGGUGGCUUUACAUCCUACAUUGCCAAGGGUGAAGAUGAAGAGCUGCUGACGGUGAAUCCAGAGAACAACUGCUUGGCCUUGGUUUACAGAGACAAAGAGACUUUGAAAUUUGUGAAGUAUGUUAACCAUCGUAGCUUGGAGCAUCCGAAAAAACAUCAGAGCAGAGCUGGAUUCUGGGACUUCUCUUUUGUCUACUAUGAGUGACAGCACUGGGCAUGGCCAUCUUCUGAGAGGGAAUGGCCUAGUGAUACAGUAAUGGGUUUUGAAUAGUCUCCUGGACUAUCUUCUUAGUGGGUGCACCUGUAAUGCAUGGAGCGGCUGGUGCCAUUUGAUGAGCCUAGAUUUGAUUUAGGCAGAGAGCUAACUUCACCUGACAGCAUCCGAGCUGUCAUGCUGGUGCUGAAGUCUGAGUGACUCUUUGCUAGGUUUUUUAAUAACAAAUGGAAGAACUGUU